UGUCUCCAAGAUGGCGGCCGUGUCAGUUUGGGGCAUCUCCGCGGUCCGGCGCGGGGGCCUGGUAUCCCGGCUCUCUUCCCCCGCGGCAUAAGAUAAACAUUCUUCUGCUGGGAAUGACAUGUUCUUGAAUUUUUACAACUUUAUGAAGAGACCCAUAUGUGGUGCUAUUGAGAAAUUUAUUGGGAAGUUUGAAGACAUUUCAAAUAACUUGGUGGUUGUGGUUUCUAAAGUAAAGUGGGGAGGCAUCUAUUUUGUGAAAGGAGGAAGAACUUAGGCCAGAAAACUUGUAUGCUAUGGUUAACUGGUUCUCAGCCUCCGAGAAUGUUGUUUUCCAUGGUGUAAAACUUACUCAGCAUCAGGAUAAGGGAUAACGACUCUAUGGAUAUACGAAUCCUUCACCAUGGUAAAACUCGCUAACCCGCUGUAUACGGAAUGGAUUUUGGAGGCCAUCAAAAAAGUGAAGAAGCAGAAACAGCGUCCUUCAGAAGAAAGGAUAUGCAAUGCAGUGUCUUCAUCCCAUGGCUUGGAUCGUAAAACUGUUUUAGAACAAUUGGAGUUGAGUGUUAAAGAUGGAACAAUUUUAAAAGUUUCAAAUAAAGGUCUCAAUUCCUAUAAAGAUCCUGAUAAUCCUGGUCGAAUAGCACUUCCUAAACCUCGAAACCAUGGAAAAUUGGAUAAUAAACAAAAUGUAGAUUGGAAUAAACUGAUCAAACGGGCAGUUGAUGGCUUGGCAGAAUCUGGUGGCUCAACUUUGAAAAGCAUUGAACGUUUUUUGAAAGGUCAGAAGGAUGUGUCUGCAUUAUUUGGAGGCAGUGCUGCCUCUGGCUUUCACCAGCAGUUACGAUUGGCUAUUAAACGUGCCAUUGGCCAUGGCAGACUCCUUAAAGAUGGACCUCUUUAUCGGCUCAACACUAAAGCAACCAAUGUGGAUGGGAAAGAGAGUUGUGAGUCUCUUUCCUCUUUACCUCCAGUGUCACUCCUUCCACAUGAAAAGGAUAAGCCGGUUGCUGAACCAAUCCCCAUCUGUAGUUUCUGUCUUGGUACAAAAGAACAAAAUCGAGAAAAGAAGCCAGAGGAACUCAUCUCCUGUGCCGACUGUGGAAACAGUGGUCAUCCAUCCUGUUUAAAGUUUUCCCCAGAACUAACGGUUAGAGUGAAGGCUUUACGGUGGCAAUGCAUCGAGUGUAAAACUUGCAGCUCCUGUCGAGAUCAAGGCAAAAAUGCAGAUAACAUGCUGUUUUGUGAUUCCUGUGACCGAGGUUUUCACAUGGAGUGUUGUGACCCACCACUCACCCGGAUGCCAAAAGGCAUGUGGAUAUGUCAAAUAUGUCGACCUAGGAAAAAAGGACGAAAACUUCUACAAAAGAAGGCGGCACAGAUAAAACGGCGCUAUGCUAAUCCAAUAGGACGUCCAAAAAACAGGUUAAAGAAACAAAACACGGUAUCAAAAAGUCCCUUCAGCAAAGUUCGAACUGGCCCUGGAAGGGGUCGGAAACGUAAAAUCACUAUCUCCAGCCAAUCAGCAUCAUCAUCUGAAGAAGGAUAUUUAGAGCGAAUAGAUGGCUUGGACUUCUGCAGAGAUAGCAGUGUCUCCUUGAAGUUCAACAAGAAAACCAAAGGGCUCAUUGAUGGCCUUACCAAAUUCUUCACCCCUUCCCCUGAUGGGCGGAAACCUCGAGGGGAAGUGGUAGACUACUCUGAGCAAUACAGAAUCAGGAAAAAGGGCAACAGAAAAUCAAGCACUUCAGAUUGGCCCACAGACAAUCAGGAUGGCUGGGAUGGCAAACAAGAAAGUGAGGAACGGCUUUUUGGGAGCCAGGAAAUCAUGACUGAGAAAGAUAUGGAGUUAUUUCGUGAUAUCCAAGAACAAGCACUGCAGGUAAAAUUGGAUAUUGUAGACCCAUUAGGAUAUGCCAUUGAAUUGAAUGGUUAUGAAAACAAGGAGUCAAGGAUGAUGCCAGAGCACAGGUGGAGGAGGAAGUUGCCAUUUACUGAGAUGGAGGAGAAUACAGGAGGCCAGGUAGAUCUCAUUCUUUUAAAAUAUAAAGUCCUGCCUUUUUUGUUUAUUUUUCACAGGCUGCCGAAAUUGUAUCUUUGUGAAUUCUGUCUAAAAUAUAUGAAAAGUAGAACUAUUCUACAGCAGCACAUGAAGAAAUGUGGUUGGUUCCAUCCUCCAGCCAAUGAGAUUUACAGAAAGAAUAACAUAUCUGUUUUUGAGGUUGAUGGGAAUGUGAGUACCAUUUAUUGUCAGAACCUGUGUCUCUUGGCAAAGUUGUUUCUUGACCACAAAACACUCUAUUAUGACGUGGAGCCAUUUCUUUUUUAUGUACUAACACAGAACGAUGUCAAGGGCUGCCACCUUGUUGGCUACUUUUCUAAGGAAAAGCACUGCCAACAGAAAUACAACGUUUCCUGUAUAAUGAUUCUUCCCCAAUACCAGCGUAAGGGCUAUGGCAGGUUUCUCAUCGAUUUCAGUUAUUUGUUAUCAAAGCGUGAAGGCCAAGCAGGGUCUCCAGAGAAACCAUUAUCCGAUCUAGGUCGUCUUUCUUACAUGGCUUAUUGGAAAAGUGUAAUAUUGGAGUGCCUUUAUCACCAAAAUGACAAGCAAAUCAGCAUUAAAAAGUUGAGUAAAUUGACUGGAAUCUGCCCUCAAGACAUUACUUCCACACUCCACCACCUAAGAAUGCUGGACUUUCGUAGUGACCAAUUUGUGAUUAUCCGCCGGGAAAAACUUAUUCAGGAUCAUAUGGCGAAACUUCAGCUGAAUUUGCGACCUGUAGAUGUAGAUCCAGAGUGUUUGCGCUGGACUCCUGUCAUAGUCUCCAAUUCUGUUGUCUCAGAGGAGGAAGAAGAGGAGGCUGAGGAAGGAGAAAACGAAGAGCCGCAGUGCCAGGAAAGAGAACUAGAGACAAGUGUGGGAAAGUCUACAUCUCGGGAAAACAAAGAACAAAAUUCUUAUUCUUCAAUAGAAAGUGAAAAGAAACCAGAAGUUAUAGCACCAGCUAGUUCUACACGUUUGAACAAACAGGUUCUUCCCCGUGAUAGUCUUCCUGCAAAUAAUCAGCCAUCUCGGAGAGGCCGCUGGGGGAGGAAGAACAGAAAAACCCAGGAACGUUUUGGUGAUAAAGAUUCUAAACUGCUCUUGGAAGAGACAUCAGCUCCUCAGGAACAAUAUGGAGAAUGUGAGGAAAAAUCAGAAACCUCCCAAGAGCAAUACACUGAAAGUGAGGAGCAGUUGGCAGCCUGUCAGGAGCAGCCAAGCCAGGAUGGGAAGCCAGACAUUCCCAAAAGAAGACUGAGUGAGGGGGUUGACCUAUGGCGUGCACAGCUAAAGAAAAGCCCUGAGUCUCUGAAGUGUAGGCUACCAGAAGGCAAUGAUAGAUUGGCCCGUCGCUAUAGUGAUGGUGACAGGGCUCUCCUCAGGGGCUUCAGUGAGAGCAGCGAGGAGGAAGAGGAGCCCGAGAGUCCUCGAUCCACCUCACCACCAAUUCUUACAAAGCCCACAUUGAAGCGAAAGAAACCAAUUCUUCACCGAAGAAGGAGAGUCCGAAAGCGCAAACACCACAAUAGCAGUGUGGUCACAGAAACUAUUUCUGAGACUACAGAAGUAUUAGAUGAACCUUUUGAAGACUCUGACUCUGAGAGGCCGAUGCCAAGAUUAGAACCCACGUUUGAGAUUGAUGAAGAAGAAGAGGAAGAGGAUGAAAAUGAACUCUUCUCUAGAGGCUACUUCCGUCGUUUGUCCUCACAAGAUGUUCUCAGGUGUCGAUCUUCUUCUAAGAGGAAAUCUAAAGAUGAAGAUGAUGAUGACGAAGAAUCAGAUGAUGCUGAUGACACUCCUAUCCUAAAGCCAGUAUCUCUCUUGAGAAAAUGUGACGUGAAGGAUUCUCCACUUGAGCCAGAUACAUCCACACCUAUGAAAAAGAAAAAGGGAUGGCCCAAAGGCAAGAGCCGCAAACCAGUCCACUGGAAGAAAAGACCCGGUCGCAAACCGGGAUUCAAGUUGAAUCAGGAAAUCAUACCCAUUUCUACUCAAGAAUGCAUUGUUGAGCCCAUUGUCCCCAUUCCUAAAUCUGGACGUAAACCCAAAAUUCAAGACAAUGAAGAAACUGUUGAAUCAAAAGAAGACUUGCCUUUAACUGAAGAAAGGAAGGAAGAGGAGGAGAUGCACGUGGAAGCAGAAGAGGUUGAAGAGGGAGAAGAAGAAGAUACAGCCAGCAGUGAGGUUAGAGCAGCUUCUCCAGUGGACAGCAGCAGCAGUCCCGAGAUGGAAACGAAAGAGCCUGAGGGAGAGGAGGAAGAGGAGAAGCCCCGUGUCUCCGAAGAGCAGGAGCAGCCUGAGGACGAGCAGCAGGAACCGGGAGAGGAGGAGGCGGCCGUAGCGGCACGCCAGAAUGAAGACCAUGACGCAGAUGAUGAAGAUGACGGCCACCUGGCACCUGCCAAGAAGAAGGAGCUAGAGGAGCCGCCCCUUAGAGAUGAUGUCAAGGAGGAGCCUGGUGGCCCAGAGGCUUUUUUAGAUACGAGUAUGCAGAACAGUCGGGAGAAUAUAAAGGAUAAAGAUGAAACAGAACCAGAUUCUGAAGAGGAGCAGACUUCCCAUGAAACAUCCGUGGUGUCAGAACAUAUGCCAGGGUCUGAGGAUGAUCAUGAAGAUGAGCCCAACUCUAAAGAAGAAUUAAUUGAGUUAAAAGAGGAAGAAGAGAUUCCUCACAGUGAACUGGACCUGGAAACCGUGCAAGCUGUGCAAUCUUUGACUCAAGAAGAAAGCAAUGAGCACGAGGGUGCCUACCAGGACUGUGAGGAGACGCUCGCAGCUUGUCAGACCCUGCAGAGUUACACCCAGGCUGAUGAAGACCCUCAGCUGUCGAUGGUUGAAGACUGCCAUCCUUCAGAACACAAUAGCCCAAUAUCUUCUGUUCAGUCUCAUCCCAGCCAGUCAGUCCGUUCAGUCAGCAGUCCCAACGUGCCUGCCCUUGAAAGUGGUUACACCCAGAUCAGCCCAGAACAAGGAUCCCUGUCCGCACCCUCUAUGCAGAACAUGGAGACCAGCCCCAUGAUGGAUGUGCCUUCCGUAUCAGACCACUCUCAGCAGGUGGUGGACAGUGGCUUCAGCGACCUGGGCAGCAUAGAGAGCACCACAGAGAACUAUGAGAACCCUAGCAGUUACGAUUCCACAAUGGGCGGCAGCAUUUGUGGGAAUAACUCUUCCCAGAGCAGCUGCUCCUAUGGUGGGCUGUCCUCCUCCAGCAGCCUCACCCAGAACAGUUGUGUCGUCACUCAGCAAAUGGCAAACAUGGGCAACAGCUGCAGCAUGAUGCCGCAGAACAGCGUCCAGCCUGCUGCCAACUGCAACAUCAAGUCACCUCAGAGUUGUGUGGUGGAGAGGCCUCCCAGCAACCAGCAGCCCCCGCCGCCACCACCGCAGCAGCCGCAGCCGCAGCCACAGCCCGCCCCGCAGCAGCCGCCGGCACCGCAGCCACCGCCCCAGCAGCCACCGCAGCCACAGCCGCCGCCGCCGCCACCUCAGUCCCAGCAGCCUCAGCCCCCGCCCCCACCCCAGCAGCAGCCGCCACUGUCACAGUGCAGUAUGAAUAACAGUUUCACUCCAGCGCCCAUGAUCAUGGAGAUCCCAGAAUCUGGAAGCACUGGGAACAUCAGCAUCUAUGAGAGGAUUCCAGGGGAUUUCGGUGCCGGCAGCUACUCUCAGCCAUCAGCCACCUUCAGUUUAGCCAAGCUGCAGCAGCUGACUAACACCAUUAUGGACCCUCAUGCCAUGCCUUAUAGCCAUUCUCCUGCCGUGACUUCCUAUGCAACCAGUGUUUCUUUGUCUAAUACAGGACUGGCUCAGCUAGCUCCAUCUCAUCCAUUAGCUGGGACCCCUCAAGCACAAGCCACCAUGACACCGCCCCCGAACUUGGCGUCCACCACCAUGAACCUCACAUCACCUCUGCUGCAGUGCAACAUGUCUGCUACCAACAUUGGCAUUCCUCACACUCAGAGGUUGCAAGGGCAAAUGCCAGUCAAGGGGCAUAUUUCCAUCCGCUCCAAAUCCGCACCGCUGCCCUCUGCGGCUGCUCACCAGCAGCAGCUGUAUGGCCGCAGCCCACCAGCGGUUGCCAUGCAAGCUGGCCCUCGUGCAUUGGCUGUUCAGCGCGGCAUGAACAUGGGGGUUAAUUUAAUGCCAACCCCUGCCUAUAAUGUCAAUUCCAUGAAUAUGAACACCUUGAAUGCCAUGAACAGCUAUCGAAUGACACAGCCUAUGAUGAACAGCAGUUACCAUAGUAACCCUGCCUACAUGAACCAGACAGCACAGUAUCCUAUGCAGAUGCAGAUGGGGAUGAUGGGGAGCCAGGCCUAUACCCAGCAGCCUAUGCAGCCAAACCCUCAUGGAAACAUGAUGUACACUGGCCCCUCCCAUCACAGCUACAUGAAUGCUGCUGGUGUGCCCAAGCAGUCACUCAAUGGACCUUACAUGAGAAGAUGAGCAAGCUGAACUUUCAAUUAAAAACUUAAAUAUAUAUAAAUAAAGGAACCUUUUAUACUGACAAACCAGAGAAAAAUGGACCUUUUUUUCCAGUUAAAAUAUUGCUGUAGAUUUAGAGGAAUUUUUCUUUGGUUUAUUUUACUUUUUAGAAAACCUGGUCUUCUCUUUUGGGGGUUCAUUUUGUUCUGGGUUUUGGUUUUCUUCACAAUCUUGAACAUUUUACAAUAGAACUCAUCUAAAAAUGGAUUUGGGGAUAGGGGAAACAUGCACAAAAAUCUUUUCAUAAUUAAAAAGAGCCUUACUUUCUUUACACGCCACAUGGACAGAAUUUGUGUAAAAGUGAAAUAUCUUUAUUUUAUUUUAAGAUGUAUGUUUCCCCUCACUGUUUGCAGCUCCCAAUGUUGUCAUUUUUAAAUGUUAUAUAUACAUCUCGAGGGUUAACCAGACCCUCUCCUCCAAACCCAACCUUUCAUUUCCUACUUCAUUCCAGCAGGAGGCACUUAUGGGAGACUCGGACGGGGACAUGGAGAACAACCCAAGCUCCUUAAACUUAUUAUUAUUGUUAAUAUUAUUAUUAUUAUUAUUAUUAAUAAAGUGAGGCAGGAAAAUGCUUCUCCUUUUAAAAUCCCCUCCACUCCCUACACACACACACCUCUUGAAACCUUUCCCCAAGAAUGUUUCUUUAUAGAUGGACUUCAUCGAAAUGUUUGUCUUUCUUAAAUCAAGUGUAAUAUAAUUUUUUUUUUUUACUGUUCCCACUCAGCACUCAGAGACACAAAAAUACUGUAAGUCUCAAUUAACAGCAGAAUCUCAGAGGAAAGCUGUUUGCAAUCCUAAUUUAGCCUUGGAGGAAUAGAGAUGAUCAGUUAACAAUCAAAAAGAGGAAACUAACCUCUUGUUUUUUACCACCUGGUGAAUCAGCCAUAACGCCCAUAUUCCAUGCAGCCUCUUGUUUUUAGUAUGUACGUUGAGAUGCUAAGGGUCUUGAUUUUUGAGCCUUUGACUCUGAUUAAACUCAAGCAAGAGUCCCCAGUGAUUAGCCUCUUACAUUCUUACACAGUGUUGGUGGAUGACUGUACAUGUCAGUGAUUUGAAAAUACCUGACAAACCUUUGACACUGUUUUAUGUUGGAAGAGAAGACACAAAAUUUGUGUCAUAAGGGAGAUCAUGGUGUGAGUUUUAUAGCUACUUAAAUGAUACAUACCUCUAGUCUUCAUUUGUCUUUUGAGACCCUGAGUUCACCCCCUGUGAAUCAGUGCACCAGCCCCUCUCCUGUGAGUGGCUAAAGAGAAGAGGGAUAAACCAACCACCAGCAUAGUAGGGCAAACCUGGACAGCAGGGUUUCAGCAGGCUCCUAUGUUGUUCCCAGUUCCACUCUCUUUUCUCUUAUGCAGCCAGUUUGCCCAUUCUCUUCCUGUUACUUGCUCCAGGGAUAGG